ACUGGUGCGCCGAGGAUCAUUCAAGGAUCACUCAGCUGGGAGCAAGCCGAGAGGAAACGCCUUCAUUCAUCUUCUCCGUCCCACCUCCACACCGCGCCCGCGCCGCCUUUACUACUUUCCGCUCUCCAAAGUUGGCACCUUUCGAAAGUCGCCGCCUUCACCCGCCGUCAUGUCCGCCUUGACCGCGCUGAGCGGCGCCGUCCUGCUCCUGCUCCUGCUCCUGCCGCACGUCUGUCGUUCGUCGUCGGACCCGGCGCCGCGCUCCCUGGCCGCCGACCCCGCCGCCGGGCACUGCCCCUCCUGCGCCCUGGCCGGGAUACGCGGCGGUCCGGCCGAGGAGCCCGAGGAGGAGGAGGCGCAGCGGGAAGUGGUGGAGGCGGUCAAGCGCCACAUCCUCAACAUGCUCCACCUCCACGCGCGCCCCAACAUCACCCGGCCCGUGCCCCGCGCCGCGCUCCUCAACGCCCUGCGGAAGCUGCACGUGGGCCGGGUGGCGGACGACGGCAGCGUGCACAUCGGGGGGGAGGAGGCCGAGGGCGGGGGCCGGCGGGGGGAAGGCGGCGCCGAAGGAGGGGGAGGAGGGGCGGCUCGCGCCCGAGACCACGACGAGCGAGACACCACCGAGAUCAUCACCUUUGCCGAGCCCGGUGAGACACGGGAUACGGUGACCUUCGUGCUGUCCAAAGACGAUGGCGGCGGCGAGGUGUCUCUGGUGGAGCAGGCCAACGUGUGGCUCUUCCUGCGCUUGGCCAAGAACAACCGCAGCCGCGCCAAGGUGACCGUCCGCCUGUUCCAGCGCGGCGCCGCCUCAUCCUCGCCGCAGGAUGACGUCUUGCUUGCGGAGAAGACGGUGGACACCCGCCGCAGCGGCUGGCACACCUUCCCGGUGUCGGCCGCGGUCCAGGCGCUUCUGGAUCGCACGGACGGGGCGGGCGCGGCGCUCGGCGUCAGGGCGUCCUGCCCGCUCUGCGCCGGCUUCGGCGCCACGCCCGUGCUGGUGUCCGGCGGCGAAGAAUCGCAGCGACGCGGCGGCCAGCGCGAGCAAUCCCAACGGGAGCAAUCCCACCGGCCCUUCCUGAUGGCGGCGUUGCGGCCGGAGGACUCGGGCGACUCUCGGCGGCGGCGAAAGCGAGGCCUGGAAUGCGACGGCAAAGUGCGCGUGUGCUGCAAGCGCCAGUUCUACGUCAACUUCAAAGACAUCGGGUGGAACGACUGGAUCAUCGCGCCCAGCGGCUACCACGCCAACUACUGCGAGGGCGAGUGCCCAUCGCACGUGGCCAGCAUCACGGGCUCGGCGCUGUCCUUUCACUCCACCGUCAUCAGCCAUUACCGCAUGCGGGGCUACAGUCCCUUCCAGACCCUGCGCUCCUGCUGCGUGCCCACGCGGCUGCGCGCCAUGUCUAUGCUCUACUACAACGAGGAGCACAAGAUCAUCAAGAAGGACAUCGACAACAUGAUCGUGGACGAGUGCGGAUGCUCCUAGACGCCGCCGGACGCCACGCCGCUCCGAGGCGGGCCACGUCCGUCCUUGUGGCGCUUUCGGACAAAAAGAAAAAAAUGAAUAUUAAUAUAUUUUUGUUAAAAAUGGAGUGGAUGUGGCCUAUUCGUUUGGCUGAGACCAUGUUGGCGAACCGCAAACUAUGCAACUCGUUUGAUGACAGUGAACCCCUGUUUAUCGCAGCGCGUGCGAUCCAGAUGAUCCAGUGAAAAUUGGCGAUAUGGAAAGAAGAUCUUUUUUAAGAACAUUUUAACGUAUCAAAAUGAACGUGAAGUUGUUAAAACACGGUUUUCAGAGUAUCCCUUAGUGCCUCUUAACAUCAAGAAAUGGGAAACUAUCGUACGGAAUCACUAUGCAGGGGCGGAACUACGUGUGUGUGUGUAUAUAUAUAUAUAUAUAUAUAUAUAUAUAUAUAUAUAUUAUAUACGAGCCCAAUUCCAAUGAAGUCGGGACGUUGUGUUAAACAAAUAAAAACAGUAUACAAUGAUUUGCAAAUCAUGUUCAACCUAUAUUUAAUUGAAUACACGACAAAGACAAGGUAUUUAAUGUUCUAACUGAUAAACUUUAUUGUUUUGAGCAAAUAAUCCUUAACUUAGAAUGUUAUGGCUGCAACACGUUCCAAAAAAGCAUGUUUACCACUGUGUUACAUCACUUUUUCUUUGAACAACAUUCAACAAACGUUUGGGAACUGAGGACACUCAUUGUUGAAGCUUUGGAGGUGGAAUUCUUUCCCAUUCUCGCUCAAUGUACAGCUUCAGCCGCUCAACAGUCCGGGGUCUCCGUUGUCGUAUUUGACGCUUCAUAAUGCGCCACACGUUUUCGAUGGGAGACGGGUCUGGACCGCAGGCAGGACAGUCUAGUACCCGCGCACUUUUACGACAAAGCCACGCUGUUGUAACACGUGCAGAAUGUGCUUUGCCAUCGUCUUGCUGAAAUAAGCAGGGGUGUCCGUGAAAAAGACGCUGCUUGGAUGGCAGCAUAUUUUUCUCCAAAACCCGUAUGUACCUUUCAGCAUUAAUCGUGCCGUCACAGAUGUGUAAGUGACCCACGCCACUGGCACUAACACAGCCCCAUACCAUCACAGAUGCUGGCUUUUGAACUUUGCGUCCAUAACAGUCCGGAUGGUUCUUUUCCUCUUUGAUCCGGAGGACACGACAUCCAGAAUUACCAAAAACAAUUUGAAAUGCGGACUCGUCGGACCACAGAACACUUUUCCACUUUGCGUCGGUCCAUCAUAGAUGAGCUCGGGCCCAGAGAAGCCGGCGGCGUUUCUGGGGGUUGUUGAUAAACGCCUUUUGCUUUGCAUUGUAGAGUUUCAAGUUGCACUUCCGGAUGUAGCGCCGAAGUGCAUUGACUGACAUUGGUUUUCGGAAGUGUUCCUGAGCCCGCGUGGUGAUAUCCCUUACACAUUCAUGUCGGUUUUUGAUGCAGUGCCGCUUGAGGGAUCGAAGGUCACGGGCAUUCAAUGUUGGUUUUUCCCUUGCCGCUUACAUUCGGUGAUUUCUCCAGAUUCUCUGAACCUUUUGAUGAUAUUAUGGACCGCAGAUGAUGGAAUCCCUAAAUUCCUUGCAAUUGUACGUUGAAGAACAUUGUCUACUUUUCUACCCAAUCAUGGCCCCCACCUGUUCCCAAUGAGCCUGUUCACCUGUGGGAUGUUCCAAACAGGUGUUUGAUGAGCAUUCCUCCACUUUCUCCGUCGUUUUUGCCACCUGCCUGUCUGAGCGUUUUUGGAACGUGUUGCAGCCAUAAAAUUCUAAGUUCAUGAUGAUUUGCUAAAAACAAUUAAGUUUAUCAGUUGGAACAUUAAAUAUCUUGUGUUUGUAGUGUAUUCAAUUAAAUAUAGGUUGAACAUGAUUUGCAAUUCAUUGUAUUGUUUUCAUUUAUGUUUAACACAACGUCCCAACUUCAUUGGAAUUGGGGUUGUAAUAUAUAUAUAUAUAUAUAUAUAUAUAUAUAU